AAGCCGAUACCGCUGAGUAAGCAUCAUCAACGAAGGCUCACGUAAACGUUGUCAGACGUUUCAAAAGUUCCACAAAGUUCUUGUCGAAAAUCCUUCGAAAUCACGAUGAGUAAAGCCCAUCCACCGGAGUUAAAGAAGUACAUGGACAAAAAGCUUAGCCUGAAACUGAAUGGCGGACGACAUGUGUCUGGAGUGCUGCGUGGGUAUGAUCCCUUCAUGAACCUUGUUCUGGAUGAUGCUGUUGAGAAUGUGUCGGGAAAUGAGAAGCAUGCUAUUGGCAUGGUGGUUAUCAGAGGAAACAGUAUAGUUACCAUGGAAGCAUUGGACCGAGUGUUAUAGCAAGAGAGGGCAAGCCAUCAUGAUGUACAAAGACUUUGUGGAAUGAAACAAGACAGGUCAUUCCUAGGCUUAUCAACACUUGCUGUGACAUUUUAACAAGGGCCAUUUCCUAGAAAGCAUCUUAACAAUAACCCAGUGAAAGAAAUGGCUGUCUUGAGUUGUGAUUAAAUAAGAUGCACAUUUGUCCCUUCAUUAGUAUUUACAUGAAAUCUAAUAGUUUGGUCCAAAUCUAGUAUUGUGUUUUUGAAAGUUUUAACCCAGAUCUGUGAAGAACUGUUUUUUUACUUGCAUAAAAUCAUAGUACUGUACACAUUGGGUCUUAUUUAUCCAUUGAAUUGAUUUCUUGCCAGUUGCCAUUUGCAAACUGAGUAGGGGACCAGGUUUGAUACACAAAUAACAAGAUUGUGAGAUCACUGGGCAGGCCAAGGGAGAUGUCUUUGUCCAUCCAUUUCUCCAGGUUGUCAAACCUGACCUUCCUACUACCCAUUUUGCAACUGCAGUAUAAUAACGAUAACUAUGGCUAUAGAAAAAGGCAAUAACUAGAUGAAUAAUUCAACAGUGUGCUUUAAGUCAUAGAAUGUUCAAGGUGCCCUGUACAAAGAUUUUAUUUACAUUUUGUCUAUCGUAUGUGGACUAAUACUAAAAUGUACAUAAAAAACACCUCUAGAUUCCAAAUGCAAACUAAAUGGAUAUUUUAUUACACACCCACUGUGAUAUCUAUAUUUAUUCAACAAUACCAAUAAAAUGUGAGCUGUGAUGAGACAUUAUAUAUUGACCUAUCAGAGUGCACGAUUUACAAGUGUUGUUGUAUAAAAACAAAUGUAAUGAUAUCACAGUGUGUCCUGAACAAUGUCACACCAACUCGGCAUUGCAUACUUUCUUAAACAUGACAUAUACAUGCAAAAAUUAGAUCUAUUUGCUAAAUAAAAUAUUAGAAGUCAUCUCCCCAUACUUCAGCUUUUCUCUGCUUCUCUUGCUGCCUUUGUUCUAUUGUGAAAUAAAUUUGUAUUAAAAAAAUACAUGUACAACACAAAUACAUUCUUAGCUUUGAACCAAGUAAACAGAAAUUGCUGAAUGAACAUGUAUAAUUGUGCUUGAAUCCUGGUGGAAAAAACUCCAUUGUGUGCAAA